UCGGGGUAAACAGUAAAAAUGGCGACGUCGGUGGCCAAAGAGGAGCAACCGAACCUGAACGGGAUUAUUUGCGAGCCCCACGCCAAAAAACUGACCGACCUGCCCACCGAGUUGCUCGAGCACAUCCUGUGCUUCCCCGUGCUCAAACACGACGACGUUUGUAACGUCUCGUGCUGCUGCAAGCGGCUACACGACGUCUGCCACGCGAGGGGAAAGGUCUGGGGACACCAGUACAAACUCAGAUGGCCACGGCUGCAGAGGUUCUACCGCCAGAACGAGAGCUGUGACUGGCUCAAAGAGUACAAAACCCGCCACAGAGUGGGGAUCCAGAUAAGACGCACCGUGGAGUCCAUCUCCAAGAGGUUCUUCACCGAAGUUGUGAGUAACGGGGAUGAAAUCGAUCCCAGAAAACGAGUCUGUGUGAACUCGCUGAAGUCCGGUUAUGUGGUCUCCAAACCCUCUCCCGUGCUUUCGCCACUAACCCAAGGACCUGUGCUGGGAGACAGCUUUGCAGAGAUCGAGUCCCUCGGGAUGCCGGAGCACUUCUGCGAGGACGAGCUCCUCUUCAUACUCAACUCCGACCGGAGGAAAAGCUUGACUUUGAAGUACUAUGCAAAGAAGAUCCUUUACUUCCUGCGGCAGCAGAACAUCCUGCGGAGUCUGAAGGCGUUCCUGGAGCAGCCUGCAGAGCGCCAGUCGGCUCUGGAAGGUGCGGUUUUAGUGGAUCAGUAUUGUAACCCGUUGGCUGACGUCACGCUGGAAAACAUUUCUCUGCAACUGGACGAGAUCGCAGAGAAAGCGAAGAAGAUGUUAAGGAUCAAAAACCCAUCGCACCCAAGCCUGCGCCUCUCUCAGGGGGACCCGGUGAUAGAGGACUUUGAGCUCCAGAGGCAGGUGGUGUGCGCCCUGAACUCCGUCCUGUACGAGCAGCUUCAGUACAAAGGCAACGAGUGCGACUACUACAACCCGCUCAACUCCUACAUCCAUCAGGUGCUACUUCGUCGAACGGGCAUUCCCAUAAGCCUCUCCAUCCUUUACAUGACGCUGGCCCGGAAACUGGGUCUCCGGCUGGAGCCGGUCAACUUUCCGAACCACUUCCUGCUGCGCUGGUGCCAAAAACCAAGAGGGAGCGAGGACAUCUACGACUUCGUCUACAUCGACGCCUUUGGAAAAGGCAAGCAGCUGACGGCCAAGGAGUGCGAGUACCUGAUCGGCCACCAGGUGACAGCAGACUACUACAGCGCCAUCAGCACCACCGUGGUGCUGCUGCGGAUGGUGGGAAACCUGCUCAACAUCGGCAAGAGGGGGGAAGGAAAUGAGAAAUCCUACCAGCUGCUGCGGGACUCGCUGGACCUCUACCUGACCAUCGACCCGGACAACGUGCAGUAUCUGCUGCUGCAGGCUCGCCUCUACUUCCACCUGGGGAUCUGGCCCGAAAAGCACGGGGCGGUGGGCUACCUGGUGCAGCACACGCUGGAGCACAUCCAGCACAAGAAGCACCCGGCCACGCCCGAGGUCAAGAGAAGAAGCGCCCCGGAACACCUGGAGGUCCAGUAUUCGGUCGGCCUCAUUAUGAAACACAAGAGGUCGGGCUAUAACUGCGUGAUCUACGGCUGGGACCCCAAAUGCACCAUGAGCCAGGAGUGGAUCACCACCAUGAGGGUCCACCAGCUGUCCAGCGGGGCCAGCCAGCCCUUCUACAACGUGCUCGUGCAGGACGGGACGUGCCGCUACGCCGCACAGGAGAAUCUGGAGCCCCACUCGGCCCCGCUGGAGAUCGGGCACCCGGAGGUGGGCCGCUACUUCUCCGAGUUCGCCGAGACCCAUUACGUGGCCAACGAGGAGCUGCAGACGCGCUACCCGGAGGACGCGGCCCAGACCCUGGGCUCCGUGCGGGAGCUCUACCACCGACCGCCCCCAGAAACUCCGGCCACAGACCCCAACCCCCAACAGGCCAUGUCCAUGUAGCCAAAUCCCCUUCCUCCCCUCCUCCGUUCAGAAUCCAG